AUGCAGAAGCUGCUGGAGAAGUUUCCCAUGCAUCGAAAGCCCAAAAUGGUCAUCAACCUUUGUGUGUCCAAGGGCUUCUCGGAGCACGUGAACUCCUGUGCAUGGUUCACUCAAGCUUUGUAUCCUGGACUGGUUGCAAACAACCCGCCUUUCACCGAAGAGGACAGGGAGUCAGAGGCGUUGGAGCGUCUGGACCGGUUCAUGGCGGACAUCAUUUUGCCUCUGGCGGUGGAGACGAAUGCUUUGAUCUUUUGCUCAGGCAUCAGCAAGAUGUGCGUGCUGACAAGUUCUUUAACUCGUGUCGUCGCCGCAUGCGGGCACAGGUGGUUGAGGGACAUGCCCUUCACGAUGAUAUACACGACGCCUCACCUAGUUCAGCUAUUUGCCUCUGACUCUGGCAAGGAGAGCGAAAAGGCUCUUUUCUGGCGAGAGUUGGCCCAAGUGUGCAAGCCAUGGAAGGAUCGCUUGGGUGAUUUUCAGAAUGCUUUCAACAGGCGUCAAAGCACAAUGCCGCUGCCAAGCAUGGACUUUGAUCUGGAUGAGAGGGCAGUGAAUUUCCUUAUCGUUGACUCCCUGGGGGUUCCAAGUUCCAAGAAGGACGCUUUACUCGGGCAGUGCGGUCCCUACAAUCAUCUCAUGACACAGUUGGUGGGACUUCUGUGGCGCUCCCUUCCAGUCUUGGCCUUGAAGACCGGUGGGGGAGAUAGGGCCUUCGGAGGCUCGAGCCUCAGUGGAGUCACCGAUCCCAGCACAUUGCAGGCCGCGUAUAACUUUGCUGCAGCCGGGAUGCCCGUUUUGUGGAUUGACAUGCGGAAAAGGAAGGAGACCAAGGAGAAGGCGCAAGACGAUGCGGGAAGAAAGAAAGCAUUUCAGCGGACCCGAUCAUCCACCAGGGACUUAGAAGUGCAGGUCAAAGAGAAAAAGGAGGGGUAUUUCUGGACACUGGGAAGUAGGCCGGCUGGACAGGCUUCCGGUACGCUCACGCCUGCUGACAAGGCCAAGGCCGCCAAGGAUUUCAUAGAGAACGCGAUGAAGAGCUUCACGGAGCACCUGCAGAAGCUAGAGAAGAAGGGCAAGACAGAAACAUUGGAUGCUUGCAGCAUCGCAUAUUUCCGUCACGUUUGCGAGACAGCGCAAGCCUCCUCAAGGGAGGUGUCGUUAUUGGCAAGGCACCUGGCUGAAGAGACAUUCCUGCACGUGUUUCUGCAACAUCCACCGGAAGGCUGCCAAUGCGAGUGCGAACCUUGUCAAGGAGCGCGUGCACUAAAAGGCAAACAAAAGCCGCGCUGGCAGAGAAAAGCACUAGGAGGUGUCCAAAACGAGCCACAGGAAGGGCAUGGCGAAGGAUCUGAUGCAGGCGCUGUGCUUAGUAAAGGAGCUUGUCCACCCGAAGGCAUCCAAUCCCAACCAGAGGAAGAGCAUGGCAACGGAAAUGAUGCAGUCGAAUGUGAACUUUGUCGCAAAGCUUGUAAGGAGGCAAUGUGGAGUCCGAAAGCUUUUGGCCCACACAUUGAGGCCACGAUGUUGUGUGCUCGCUUGAUCCUGUCCUCGCCCAAGACGUACCAGGUAAACUUGCAUGACAACCUUGAGGAAUCUGUUGGCAAGAAGCUAAGGAGCCUCGCAACCGCAAACAGGCUCCCACAGCGCAAUCCGCAGGAAUCAGCACCCCUGCUUCGCAAAGCCUGGAGAGACUUCAAGGUCGCAAUGCGCAUGGCAGACAUCUACAAGAGACGAAGUAAGAUUCUGACGGCUGCUCAGCUACUGAACGGCUGGCUCAUCAUCUUCGUUACUGCUCUCAGUGCAGAGGCAUAUGGCCGAAGCGAUGGGGCCGACAGUUUCAACGUACUGAGUCAAGUAAAUUUUGGCUUAGCUUCCGUGGCCACGAUUAUCGUCUCAUGCAACUCGCUGCUGAACACACGAGCUCGUUGGCAGCAGCUUCGACUACAUGCAUGCCAGCUCAAGGGGCUGAUUUGGCGCUACCGCACCAGGGUGGAGCCGUUUCACAUAUCAGCGUCGUCUGGCGUCAACGACCCAGAGAUAAAAUUCAGAGAGGAGAUUUGCCGUUGGAGAUAUUCGAUACUGAGUGCUGCAGACCUGGAGAGCACGACCUUUGAGAAGGAAUGGGCGCGCAUCCCAAUGGAAGAUUGCCCAGACGAGCAGGAUUUGGAUCGGCUGAUCCAGGAACCAGACCCUCUUGCAGAGGAGGAAGAUCGAGAAGUCCACAUAGAAAGUGAGGAUUGCUACAAGCAGUUCUUCUCACCAGUGGCCCCGGAUGACUACGUGAAAGAACGCAUCAAGAGAGCGAUCGCCUUCGCCCGCAGGAAGAUCCCUCCCAAUGAGCGCAUGCACUUCAUUUUUCAGAUGCUAGUUGUAUCUUUGACCAUUGUGGGGACCGUGAUCUCUUUCAUGGGGAUGCAACGCUGGCUGACCAUCAGUGUUUCCCUUGCAGGCUGCUGCGCUGCAUGGACUGACUUUCAGGAUUAUGGCAGGAAGGCAACACGCCACACGUGGACGGUACAAGCCUUGGAGCAAACGCUGACAUGGUGGCAGAGCUUAACAGGCGUCGAGCAAGCAUCUGUUGACAACAUCUCAAACAUGAUCAAGUCUUCAGAGGCAGCGAUCCUUGCGGAAACGGCGGCCUGGAUGUCAACUCCUGCGAGUGAGACCACGGUCUCCGACAUGGAAGCGAGAAAGAAGAAAGAUCCAAAGCGUGCCACGCUCAGAGCUGACACCGAGUAG